AGUGGGGCUUCAGCACUUGCUACGGCAGCUCGCGAUGGACACAACCACAAAGACUCAGUGAUCCUUCGCAUCGCCGAGACACUUGACAGAAACCACAGCUGACAGCCAGCCAGUCCUCAGUGUCCAAUAGGUUCACACAGAGAGAGGGAGAGUGGAAAAGUGAGACCAGAGAAGGAAAAAGGAGGCGCUUUGUGGAUUAUUACUAUUAUAAUUAAGAUAUAUAAGAGUUUUUAAUAUCCAACCCCAAAGAGGCAUAUUUUGAAUACAUAUUUACCGGUAGUUGUUUCUGAAACAGAAUCAGCACCAUGGAAGAAGAAAUGGAUGAGGGGCAGACUCAGAAAGGAUGCCUUGAGUGCUGCAUCAAAUGCCUGGGCGGGAUCCCGUACCCGUCCCUCAUAGCCACCAUCUUGCUCUACGCUGGCGUGGCGCUGUUCUGUGGCUGUGGACACGAGGCCCUGUCCGGCACCGUCACCAUCCUGCAGAACUACUUCGAGGUGGUGAGGAGCCCCAUGGACGCUCUGGACGUCUUCACCAUGAUUGACAUUAUCAAGUAUGUGAUCUACGGCAUUGCUUCAGCUUUCUUUGUCUACGGCAUCCUGUUGAUGGUGGAGGGAUUCUUCACCAGCGGAGCCAUCAAAGACCUGUACGGAGACUUCAAGAUCACCACCUGUGGACGCUGCGUCAGCGCCUGGUUCAUCAUGCUGACUUACAUCUUCAUGCUGGCUUGGCUCGGAGUCACGGCCUUCACCUCCAUCCCCGUGUUCCUCUAUUUCAACAUCUGGAAUAUUUGCCAGAACGCGACGGUGCUGGACGGAACCACGCUCUGCCUGGACCCACGGCAGUACGGUAUCGUGCCAAUUGCUGAGGCGAAGACUGUGUGCGCUGGAUCGGAGAAAUUCUACAAAAUGUGUGAAUCUAAUGAGUUGGACAUGACGUUUCACCUGUUCAUCUGUGCCCUCGCCGGAGCAGGAGCUGCUGUUAUUGCCAUGAUCCACUACUUGAUGGUGCUGUCGGCCAACUGGGCCUACGUGAAGGACGCCUGCCGGAUGCAGAAGUACGAGGACAUCAAGUCGAAGGAGGAGCAGGAGCUGCACGACAUCCACUCCACCCGCUCCAAGGAGCGGCUCAACGCCUACACAUAGAGCCCGGCUGGCGCGAGGCCCGGCCCUGCAGCUCCGGCCUCUCUCCCUCCGUCUCUCCUCCUGCUUUCUUCUCUGUCUCUCUCUACCAUCCCCUCCCGGGGGGGUGACGGGGCCCGGGGCCCUCGCCGCCACUGCUGAUGUCACUGGUGCGUCAUACGACAACGUGGUCUGGGGAGCAUCACACAAAAGCUCCUCAGACACAAGCAGCAUUACAAAUGAAAAAAAAAAAACAAAAGCCCCUUUACCUCUCUCACAGAUGGCGUUGCGAUUACCAUUACGGCAGUUGUAUUAUUCUAGAAAAACAGUCGUUUAGUGCUGAUAGUAAGUAGUUUUAGUGUAGUUUGUAGAAUCAGAGGUAGCGGUAGUAUUAGAGCUUCUUUUUUUUAUUUCCUAUCAUGAGUGUACAAUGUUCUUUCUUUUUAAUUUGAUACACUGCGAAAACUCAAAAUCUUACCAGGAAUAUUUGUCUUAUUUCUAGUUAAAAUGUCUAAUUUUUAGUCAAAAAAAUCU